AUGGAUGGUCGCAUGCUGACAUGGAUGAUGGUGGGUUGGUUCCUGCGCCUCUCGGCGACGCAGAACUCCGCAUCUGGAGUACUGAACUGCUGUGAGGGGGACGUCCUGUUUCUUGUAGAUUCUUCUGGGAGCGUGACGUCCUAUGAGCAUUCCCGCAUGCUUUCUUUCCUGUCCGAGCUCCUCCUCCCCUUUUCACUGGGAGAGGACCAGGUGAAGGUGGGACUCCUGCAGGUGGGCACCAAACCACGCCUCGAGUUCGGCUUUAACAGACACAUCACCCAAAAUGGCCUGCAGAGGGCUUUGAAAACCAUCAGGCCUCUCAGGGGGGAUACAAACACUGUGGAUGCGCUCAAAAUGGCACAACGAUGGGUACUGCAACCCGGAACGCAGGACGGGGCUCGGGCAGGGCUGCCGAGGGUGCUGGUGUGGAUGACUGAUGGGGUAAAACCUGGAGAUGUGAUCGGACCAAUGGCUGAACUGCGGGAGGAGGGCGUGGCAGUGCUGGUGGUCUCCACUGGGCACAGCAACUACAAGGUGUUGAGGGAGGUGGUGACCCCCCCGGUGGAAAAUCACCUGUACUUUGUGGACAUCGAUGACAUGAGCAUCAUCACAAAAGACCUGCGGGAUGCCAUCAUUGAGAUCAUUCGAGCUGAGCGCAUCCACGUCCGAGACGUUUCCACCAACGCUGCCACUCUCCACUGGCGACCCGUUCUGUCCGGUUUGACGGGCUACUACGAAAUCCGCUUUGGUCAGAUUCCAACAGGAGGGGCCGGAGGCGGCGGUGGAAGUGGAACCAGUCCGAGCACCGGUGGAAGUCAGUACCAGCGGCUCGUUCAGCCUGCGGAGUCCAACAGCAUCAGGCUGACUGAUUUGAAGCCCGACACCACCUAUAGUGUCCGAUUAACUCCAGAGUCCAACGAGCAUGCGUUUAAUGCUCUCUCCGUCUCCUUCACAACAAAACCAGAGGUGGUGAGCCCAUCGGUGGUAACAGUCUCGGAGUCGGGGCAAACCAGUGUUCGGGUGAGCUGGGGUCCUCUUCAGCCAGAGGCGGUAACAAGUUACUACAUAGAGUACUCCGCCCUGCCCAGGGGAGAGCUCCGUACGGCCACAGUGGGCCGGACACAGAACUCAACCCUGCUGAAAGACCUCCAACCGGGCACCACGUACCUGGUCACAGUUACCGCCCGGUACGCAUCAAGAAAGGAGAAGGCAAUGUCCAUCAAAAUGUGCACUCAAGAAGUGACUCCAGCCCUGGCAGACCUCCACCUAACCACCGUGGGGAGCGACUCGGUGCAGGUCGACUGGAAGGGCGGUGUGGAUGGUUUGAGGGGCUACUGGCUCACCUGGGAGGCGCAGCAAAGCUCAGUCCAUGGCCAACGCUCCUCCUUCUAUUUGCCACCUGACUCCCUGUCAACACGACUCACACACCUCCCCCCUUCUGCCAGAGUGUGUGUGUCACCCAUUUACCAGAGCUCAAGGGGAGAGGGACUCUGCUGCACGGCACACUUUCAUUCAGAUGCGUUAACAUAUGGCUACCAGUCAUAGCAUCCCCUCGGACUGCACGUGCACCUUACCAAACAUGGAGGGAGGAUGAUGGGAAGAAUGCUGACUUCCAUCCAUCUUUUUUUUGCAUGCCUUUCCCCUCGGUGAACGUUAUCCAGAAGAGAUGUGGUUUGGCUCACUGAGCGCUCAUGUGGAAGUCAUAGACAUUUAAGAAUGUUGUGGGACGAUGUGGCUACGUGCUGACAACUAAAUUUUGCAACACAAAAGUAUUAUCUUCUCAUCUGUGUUUGCUAAAUCAUCUGUUUUUCACCUGUUGUACAAUGUAUCACUUAAAGGUCAGAUUGGAGAAUUUGUUGUGUCUGGUUUGCAGACUCUGAAAGCUGGGACUGCUAAUUAUUUUUUCUGGCAUGUUUUAAAGAGAGGAUUUACAACAAAUGUACACCAUGUGUUCAAAUCAGUAUUUUUUAAAUAACUCUUGCCAAGGCAGAGAGAACAUCUGAAAUACAUCAACUAUAAAUACUUUUGUAAACUUGUACUUAAGUGACUUGUCUCUCAACGACACACUAAACACUUGUGUGCGCACACUGGAGGGGUUAAAAUGGAUCUUCAGGGUUACUUUGAACUUUUAAAACAGACCAAUAACCCAAACCAGAGAGACACUGUGCACGAUAUAGAUACUUGUCACUGAGAGUAGCUUUGUAAUGUUCGAAUGCAUUCAUAAUUCAUAUUUAUUUUCUAAGAAUUAUGAAAGAAUAUGAGUUAAUAACU